AUGGCCGCCACCGCCGCCAUCCACCUGCGCCCGCUCCGCUCCGUCGCCGUCUCCUCCGCGAGGUCCCGCUCGCUCCUCCACCUCCUCGCCCGCCCCCUCUCCUCUUCCCAAUCGGGAUCGUCCUACGCCUACCACCCUUUCCCUACCCCGGCCGCCGCCGCCCCCAACCACGUCCACCACCCUCCCCACCAGCAGCAGCAGCAGCAGUGGGUGCCGCCAAGGAACCCGCCUCCCCCCGGGGCCCCUCCACAGUGGUCCCCGCAGGGACAUCCGCCUCCGCCGCCCCGCGGCUAUGGGCCUCCACCGCCGUACCAGCAUGUGCCGCCUCCGCCGCCACGCGGCUACGGGCCUCCACCGCCGCACCAGCAUGUGCCGCCUCCGCCGCCACGCGGCUACGGACCUCCACCGCCGCACCAGCAUGUGCCGCCUCCGCCGCCACGCGGCUACGGACCUCCACCACCAGGACAGCAUAUGCCGCCCCCGCCGCCGCGCGGACCCGAGCCUCCACCACCGGGACAGCAUACGCCGUCGCCUCCGCCUCCGCCGCCACAUGCCCACGGGCCUCCACCACCGGGCCAGCACGUCCCUCUGCCUCCGCCGCCACACGGCCACGGUCCCCCACCACCAGGCCAGCAUGUGCCGCCGCCUCCGCCGCCACGCGGCCACGGGCCUCCACCACCGGGACAGCAUGUGCCGCCGCCUCCGCCGCCGCACGGCUACGGGCCUCCACCACCGGGACAGCAUAUGCCGCCGCCGCCACACGGCCACGGGCCUCCACCACCGGGACAGCAUGUGCCGCCGCCUCCGCCACGCGGCCAUGGGUCUCCACCACCGCACCAGCAGGCGCCGCCGCCGCCCGAACCUACGGCGGGGCCUGGGGAGCUGAUGGGACUGUGCCGGGAGGGGCGGGUGAAGGACGCCGUGGAGCUUCUGGCCAAGGGUGCGCACGCCGACCCGCCUGCGUUCUACGAGCUCGCGGCCGCCUGCUCCAACCCUAAGCUGCUGGAGGAGCUCAGGAAGGUGCACGACUUCUUCCUCCGCUCGCCCUUCCGCGGUGACCUCCGGGUCAACAACAAGCUGCUCGAGAUGUACGCCAAGUGCGCAGCCAUGCCCCAUGCCCGCAGGACGUUCGACAAUAUGCCUGACCGCGACAUGGACUCGUGGCACAUCAUGAUCGACGGCUACUCGGUCAAUGGGCUUGGGGACGAAGCGCUGCGGCUGUUCGAGCUGAUGAAGGAGUGUAUGGCACCCACCAGUCAGACCUACCUGCUUGUGCUCAAUGCUUGUGCCAACUCGGAGGCCAUCGAGGAGGCGCUCCUUUACUUUGAUGCCAUGUCCAGGGACCAUGGCAUUGAGCCUGGUGUGGAGCACUAUGUUGGGAUCAUUGAGGUCUUGGGGAAGUCAGGGCAUCUCAAUGAGGCUCUGGAGUUCAUUGAGAAGCUGCCUUUCGAGCCCAAUGCCAUGGUGUGGGUGUCGCUCUUGAACCUGGCCCGGAUGAACGGAGACAUUGAUCUUGAGGACCGGGCAGAGGAGUUGUUGGUGUCGCUUGAUCCGUCCAAGGCAAACCCUAAGAAGCUCCCAACCCCACCUCCGAAGAGGCGCCUGGGAAUUAACAUGCUUGAUGGGAGGAACAAGCUAGUAGAGUACAGGCUGCCACCAAAGAUUGAAAAGAAGGUGGUCAAUGAGCAGAGGUACGUCCCAGACACAAGAUAUGUGCUCCAUGACAUUGAUCAGGAGGCCAAGGAACAGGCAUUGCUGUACCACAGUGAGAGGCUGGCAAUUGCUUAUGGUCUGAUUAGCACCCCAGCAAGGACUCCACUUCGCAUCAUUAAGAACCUGAGGAUAUGUGGGGACUGCCAUAAUGCCAUCAAGAUCAUGUCAAGGAUCGUUGGUAGAGAGCUCAUUGUGAGGGACAAUAAGAGGUUCCACCAUUUCAAGGAUGGAAAGUGCUCCUGUGGAGAUUAUUGGUGA